AUGCUUUUGUGGCCAGGUUAUUUCAUCGUUUUAACUGUUCUUCGCGUUGCGGUGUCGGACUUAGCCUUGCCUGGUUUAAAAGGUGAUAAGGCAUACAAAUAUCAAGGUGAUAUUAUGCUUGGCGUUUUUGAAGAUCUUCUCCAACAUGGAAGCUCCGAAGGUGAACUGUGUAGUGAUGAAGUGGUGGUUGGCUUAGAUACAUUUAAAAACAUUGGAGCUUUACAGUAUGCUAUAGAUUUAGUGAACAAUAACACAAGUGUACUCCCUGGGGUGACAAUAGGCUUCAUUGCUCUCCCAACAUGUAAUGGACAUCUAACAACACUUGCCCGAGCUCUGCAAUUCGUACCACAGUCUCCACACUGUCAAAAAACUGGAACGCCUCACUGUGACGAAACGUUGACGCCACAUUGUGACGUGCCUCAAAAUCCAACAUAUUUACCGUUUUACAAGGUGGUUGGUGUUCUAGGUGCAACCUCCAGUCAAUCUUCGGUCAUGUCUGCCCCCGUUCUAGGCUUGGCUCAAAUUCCACAAAUAAGUAAUUGGGCAUCUAGCGACGAACUAAGCAACAAAGAGCUGUACCCAUACUUCAUGCGUGUUGCACCUCCAGACAGAUAUCAGGCCCAGGCAAUUGUUGACAUAAUUCGCUAUUUCAACUGGACUUAUGUUUCUACACUGCACAGACCAGAUAGUUAUGGGCAAAAUGGGAUUAAAAUGGUUCAUAGACUGUUGAAACAAUAUGACAUUUGUCUUGAAUAUAACGGGGUCAUCCAUAGUUCAAUGGAGCCAUACGAGUUUGAAGAUGUUCACACGAAUCUUAAGCGAAACAAUAAACCAAAGGCUGUAAUAGUGUUUGCUUAUGAAACAGACCUUGAAGGACUUCUCGAUGUAAUCAAAGAAUCAAAUGGUUCCAAUGAAUUCAUUUGGGUAGGAAGUGACGGUGUUUACUACAUAGACAACCUCAUGUCUGAAAUGGUAGGAGCUAUAAAAGUUGACUUAUACUAUGAGGCAGUUCCUGCUAUAGAUACAUAUAUUAAGUCCCUAACUCCAAACAAUUUUACUGGCGCUAACUCAACAGGAGAAAAAUGGAUUCGAGACGUUUGGGAAAAUAAUUUUGAUUGCUCCUUUGAUGUGAAUGCUGCAAACUCAACACUUUGUGGGAAGGGACUGAGACUUAAUGAGAAAAAUGGUUAUACUCCAUAUGAUGGUGGUGGUUCAUCAUUGAUAGACGCCAUUAACGUAUUUGCUCAUGGGUUACAUGAACUUAUAACAAAUGAGUGCCCACUUGCAUUCAAUAACACAGCUCUACUCGAUACAUGCAUCAAGGGACCAUUAUUCAAACAGUAUCUCCUUAAUACUAACUUCACGGGUGUUUGGGGGCCAAUUAGAUUCGAUAAGUAUGGAGAUAUACUGGGCAGGUACUCAAUUAGUCAAAUUCAAAUUGGUGACGACCAUCAGCAACAUCUUGUCCCCAUAGGCAUAUGGGACAAACAAAAGGACAUGAAUUUGGACAUACAUGAUUCAAAAUUGAAAUGGCAUCAUCACAAAGAUCGCAACAAACUACAAAAUGUGUAUCCAGAGUCUAUGUGCAGCUACCCCUGUCGACCAGGAGAGUUUUAUAUUAAACAGGAACUGAAAUGUUGCUGGGAAUGCAGGAAGUGCCGCACUAACGAGAUAACAAUCAACAAUGCUAGUACCUGCAAGGAAUGUCCAAUAUACAAGUGGCCUGAUCAGUUGACAUUCGGAUACUGCGUUGAUAUACAAUUGAACUAUUUACUUUUCUCAGAUUCUCUUGGAAUCCUCAUGACAGUCUUAAGUAGUUUUGGGUUCUUAGCAUGUAUGAUUGUCUUGGUUAUAUUCAUACGGAAUCGUAAUCAUAAACUGGUGAAGGCUUCAAACAGAGAGUUAACGAGUAUUAUUCUUGCAGGAACAAUGAUUGCUUAUGUGACUGUAUAUACAAUCAUUGCCAAGCCAGACACUGUUUACUGUUACCUCAGCUGCCUGGGGUUUCACAUCAGCUCAUCCCUUGCUUAUGCUCCGAUGCUUGUUAAAACUAACAGAGUUUUUCGGAUAUUCGAAGGCGGUAAGAAAUUUAGUCGACCCAGCUUCAUUACCUCUCGAUGGCAAGCGAUCUUCACUGCGGCGCUCAUCUUGAUACAGAUGAUUAUUUCAUUCUGCCUAACAGCAAUGUUGCCUCCAGUUGUUACAAGAAACCAACCUGUGUUGACGGAGAAGUUUGUGGAACUUUUAUGUUGGAUUCCCCUUGAAAGUCUGAUCGUUCCCCUUGUUUACAACCUUGUCUUGAUUAUCCUUUGUGCGAUCCACGGGUUCAAAACAAGGACAUUGCCAGAUAACUUCAAUGAAUCUCGAUUUAUUUUCUUCUCUGUAAGCACGACGCUUUUUCUGUGGAUCGCCUUUUUACCUACAUAUUUUACUGCAUCAUCAGCAUAUCACAAAGCCACCCUUCUGUCAGCUCUUCUCAUACUAAACGCCUCUAUAACUCUCUUGGUGUUAUUUCUGCCUAAACUUUAUGCCAUAUACUAUCUAAGUGAGGCUCAAAUGAAAUUCACAGCGUCGAUUAUGGCAGUUGGUAUCCAACCUUCUGUACCAGCAACACAGAUGUCCAACCUUUCUUUGCCACCUGGACCUUCAAGAUUUAAUCUCGAUUUGAGACCGAUUGGUAGUCCAUUGACACAGCUUACAACUGAUACAACAGCUUCUGUUGUAACAUUAAGGCUAGAGGCAAGGGGAGAACCGGGUACAGUUACAUAGACCAAUGAGUUGAGGUGCCAGCUUUUUUCAUUCCAUCUUAUUCUGUUCAAAGAACAUUUUGAAAAUAGUAAGAGUCAUCAGUAAGUGGCGGCGGUGGUGGCGGCGGCGGGGACAAAGAGUGCAAUAAUCGGAUCUGAAAAAAUGUCAAUUCCAGUGCAACAUGUUACAUAUUAAAUGAACAUAUUAAUCAAGAAUGUUAUGUAGUUCAUUUAAAUAUCUUGCAGAAGUGUUAAUGUUACCAUUUUUUCUUUUGAGGGUCCAUAUUCUUAUCAAUGGCAUGUAAAAUUAAUGGAUGCUCAUGAAAGCAUGUUAUUAUGUAAAGUGGGUGUCUAAUUGGUCACUUCUGGUGGAAGUGGAACGGUGGAAGUGGAACAGUUAGCGGUUGCGAUUGUAGGUCGAAAGACUCGCCAUAUACUAAUCAAGAGUAUGCUACUCAAGUCUAAUGCUGUAUUUUACAUGCCCGUGGUGCUAGUUCAUAGCCACUGUCUAAAUAAACAUGGG